CACUAUUUGCGUGGAUGUGAGAUACAGAGUAGGAUCCUCAGCAAAAACCAUCAGACAGCACACAUGGAAGAAGAUGAUAGACUAUGCCAAAAUUAUCUGCGCUGGAUUGAUUUUUACUUCUCUUUGUAUCGCUGAGCCCACGCAAGUCCAAAUACAUCAACUUUGGGAGAAGAGAGAAGUGGCGUUGUAAUCAUUCAAGCUGGAAAAAUUCAAAGCCAAGUAGUACCUUGGUUAAAAAUUUGGGGAUGUAAUGCUUUCCUCGGUGAGCAGAGCAAGAGGAACAGGUGCACUCAAACUUGCGGGGAUGAACGUGUUGAGUGGCGAUGCACUUUUUUGCCUCACGAGGAUAAAGUGGUUCUACCCUUAAAAGAAAAAGAAAAAAAACAAGGACGCCUUCAGAGAACUAUGCAGUAGUGCGGCCAAAAGACGCAAAGUUCUGAUCGUGACAUUUUGCAACAUUUAACCAGCAAACAAGAGAACUAUCUAUCAGUCAACGUUGGACGGAGCCGGGCCUGCCUGUCAGCCUUGAUCACGUGAAUCCGCGUGGCCGUCGUCGCUGAGGCAUGAACGUGGGAAGAGCCCACCAGCACAAUUUCCUAUCGUGUGAAGAAGAAGGUUUGAGACUGACCAGCAUGCCUGCCGUGGGGAGCUUCGGCAAUGGCAAGAUCCACACCAGACGUCAAAGGCACGGCCGCUUCGUCAGCAAGACGGGCCAGUGCAACAUUCACUUCUCCAACAUGGACGACAAGUCCAGUCGGUACAUAUCGGACAUGUUCACCACUUGCGUGGACAUACGUUGGCGCUACAUGUUCCUGGUCUUCAGCUUGGUGUUUGUGGUGUCAUGGUUGAUGUUCGGCUUGGGCUUCUACGUCAUCGGCCUCCUGCACGGCGAUAUGGACCGUCCCGCAGACGAUGACACUUUUGUACCGUGCGUCACACAGGUGAACACCUUCGUGGCCGCUUUCCUGUUCUCCAUCGAGACCCAAACCACCAUCGGGUACGGAGCUCGAUGCGUGACGGAGGAAUGUCCCGCCGCCGUCUUCAUGGUGGUCUUUCAGUCAAUCGUGGGUUGCGUCAUCGACGCCUUCAUGAUUGGCGCCAUUAUGGCGAAGAUGGCCAGGCCUAAAAAGCGAGCGGAGACUCUCCUGUUCAGCCGAAACGCCGUCAUCUCCAUGCGUGACGGGAAGUUGUGUCUCAUGUUUAGGGUAGCCAAUCUGAGAAAAAGCCAUAUAGUGGAGGCUCACGUCCGAGCCCAGAUGGUCAAGCCUCGUUACACGGAGGAAGGCGAGUACAUCCCACUGGAUCAGAUCGACAUGAACGUCGGCUACGACAGAGGCACCGAUCGUCUUUUUCUGGUGGCGCCGAUCACCGUCAUCCACGAGAUCGACGAAGACAGCCCCCUGUUCGGUAUCAGCAAACAAGAUCUGGAGACAUCCGACUUUGAGAUUGUGAUCAUACUAGAAGGUUUGGUGGAAGCCACCGCCAUGACCACCCAGGCGCGCAGUUCUUAUCUGUCGUCGGAGGUCCUUUGGGGUCACCGCUUUGAGCCGCUCAUCUUCGAGGAGAAGAGCCAGUACAGGAUCGAUUACGCCUAUUUUCAUAAGACCUUCGAGGUACCGUCUACCCCGAGGUGCAGCGCCAGGGACAUGGAAGGCAGGAAGUUCCCCACGUCAGGCGCUAACUCCUUCUGCUAUGAGAACGAGCUAGCUUUCAUAAGCAGGGAUGAGGAGGAGGCGGACUUUGACAAAGAGGACGACAGACAAUGUUCUACGGCCCUCCUGGAUGAUCACGCCACUUCUGAACGUGAUCAAAAAUCAUCUAGCGUAGAAUCCGAGAUUUGAACUUGACAUUUACAGAAGUUCACCACACAAACUAUUUAUAGCACCAUUGCAUGCAUGACUGCAAAGUUGAUAGGGUUGCAACAACUUCAAAUGCGAAUAAAUAAACCGUAGAUUGGAACUUUAUAGUUUAUAAUUUACAUGAUACAUUAAAACUCCAUAAGUUUUUCCUAUCAUUUAUGAAUAGUAACUGAGGAAAUCAUCCUAAUCAUUACCGUCAAUACAUUGUAGCAGAUUGUGGCCGAGGGAAAAGCAAAUAAAUGUUUACACCUCAUUUCUAUGACGGCCAUUACGUCCCCUGGCAAAUGUAACAAUAACAAUAGUAGCAGUGUGUUAUAUAAUAUUCCGACAUUUGUGUCAGCAGCCCUGAACCAAAAGUGUAAACGUGUGGCGAGAAUGAAUUGUUUUUGUUGUGUGGCUCACCUAAAGAUAUUGGCUGCAUGUUGUGGAGCUAAAAAUCCAUAUUUGAGGCACAAUGGACUCAUUUGAAUGACAAAUGUUGCUCCUCUUUGCAGCCAACACAAAAGACUGAAAGAGCAUAACGAACACGGGAGUAAUGAGAGUGGCAAACAAAAACUCUACAUCACUUUUGAAGCGAUGACCUUUUCGUUUUGUAAUUUGCUUGAAAAAACAUGGUGGACACAACUUUGAUAUACUGUACAGCAUAGUAACGACAGGAAUUUUCAAAGUCUAAUGGGAACGUACAUGUUAAAAAACCUUUUAGCGGGAAGAGGAGAGAAUAUAAAGACGUAACCAAAAUAGCGCAUAAAUAAAUGGCCAAAGGUCAUUUUUGUUCUUUCGUGUGAGUUGUUGCAGCGUGAGUGCACCUGAAUGCCAUUUCAGCACAACUUUACAUAUUUACAUUUGGGAGCUUGCUGACUCGUGCUGAAAAUAGUCAAGGUUUUUGUCUGAAAAAUGAAUGCUUUUUUUUUGUUGACAUUUGUACGGAAAAAGCAGAAUCCAGGAUGCAAAAGACGACAAUGUGUGCUAACAUCGGUCAGGUCUGUAUUGUAAAUAAACCUGCUUUUUUUUUUUUGCUGUUUGUUUUUGGUCAUUGUUUCUAUUGCAUAGACUGAAGCAACUUGCAAUUAAGUGGAAGCCACGUUAGGCUAAAAUAAGAAUAUAGCAAGUGAAGUCAUUUGUUUUCCCCUCGGAGGAAUCGGACAAUCAGAAGAAGGAAUGGCGACGUGAGAAUUUUUGGAUGCCAGUGUCCCUACAGGGGCCAAAGGUUUCUUCUUUCACUCUUAUGCAAGCCUUCAGAAACAUCUUUGCUAUGGCUACACUACACUCCAAAGUUCACCAUAACCUGUGACCUUCAUAGCAGCCCUCAAAGCAAUUGCAAAUAUUUGACAACUGUAAUAUAAUGACUGAUGAGUAUUCACAAAAGUUUGAGGUCACUGCUAAUAAUUCCUUCUUCCCAUGAGAAUGUGGACUGUACUGUCAGAUGAUGUAAGCAUAAUGUGGAGAAGAUCACGAGAUGCAUCCCACCCACUCACCAAGGCCGGAGGAGGAGAACCAGUGGAAAGUCGGUAUUGCAACAUGAAGAGUGGGAUGCAGCCUUAAUUAUCACAACCCUUCCUUCUUCUUCACUGCCUGCCUGUGUCAGAUGGAGGUGGAGGCUGAUAAAAAGUAGCAAUACUCGACUGAAAUACUACUUCAAGCUAUUAGACUCAUUCGGUACCAAUGACGGUUAUAGACGUCAAAGAUAUAAUGAGUUAAACGUCUAUUUAGGGUCAUCUAUUUAUUUGCUUUUGUGCUUGAUCAUUUUUGCAUGAUGGCGGCGUUUUCAGAGCAUUUGGACUAAGCGAGGCCGUUACGUAAUAAUGUUAUCACCCUGCAGCACGAUUUUUCUUUGUUGUGGCUACUGGAGUACAAUUAGCACUUUUCCAGCGAGUGAUAACAAGGACAUGCCAAAUUCUCUCUCGAGUUGAACAAUAAAAGACACUGAUGACA